AUGGCUCCGGCUCCGGUGCUGCUGCUGCUGUGUUUCCUUCCUCUCUCUGAGUCCUUCAGCUCAGGCCUGGUUCUGGACAGCUGUGAGGACAUGACGCCUCGUCAUUCAGGACUGCGUCCCCAGACGGACACGUCGCCUUUCACCGUCAGCUUCAGGGUGGGACGGGACAUCACAGUCCUGCUGCAGGCUCCAGCCUCCACGCCCUUCGUGGGUUUCCUGCUUCAGGCGAGAGCAGUGGGUUCUGGGUCUCCUGUGGGUUCCUUCGGGAUGGGGUCAGAGUCCGCCCAGCUGCUCAGCUGCAGGAACAGGCCGAACAUCUCCUCUGCAGACUGUGGGCUGGUGAAGGUCUGCCUCUCCGAGCCGCCGGGCUGUGACCCCGCCCUCACUGCUUCCUGUCACUUCCUGUCGGCCAUGGCGCUUCCUGGAGGGCCGGCGGUCCGCUACGAGCUGACGGGGCCCAGCGAGGGUUACGUAUCUCUGGGACUUUCCAACGAUCAGAUCAUGGGAAACGACGACAUCUACAUCUGCGUCCUGGGGGCGGAGGGGCUGGUGGAGGUGCGGCGGGCCUUCUCGGUGGGACGGACCGCUCCGCGCAUGCUUCCUCUGGGAAAUGUUUCUGAUGUGAAAGCCUCGGAGCGGGACGGAGUCCUCUCCUGUUCCUUCACCUCCAUGAACCUCAUCUCCACUCAGAGGAGCUCCGGACUCAACACCAGCUACUACCUCAUGUUUGCUCAUGGACCCAGUCAGAAUGGUCACAUCCAGUUCCACAGAAACACGUUCAUCAGCUCCAGCAGGGUGGACAUUUCCCAGCCUGCACCAGUCCAGACAGCAGGAUGGCCUCACAUCAUCAGAGCCCACGGAGCUCUGAUGCUGACGGCCUGGAUGGGCUCAGGAUCUGUGGGAAUGAUGGUGGCCAGGUAUCUGAGAGGAGCUGGCAGCGAACACAGGCUGUGUGGAAAACAGCUGUGGUUCAUGAUUCACGUCAUGCUAAUGAGUGUGACAGUAGCAGCCACUGUCGUUGCCUUCGUCCUGCCAUUCUCUCACGUUAAGGCGUGGUCCGGGGGAGCCCAUCCUGUCCUGGGCUGUCUCCUCCUGACCUUCUCCUGCCUCCAGCCCCUGCUGGCGCUGCUGCGUCCCGGACCACAUCACCCCCGGAGGUUUCUGUUCAGCUGGUCUCAUGCUCUGAUGGCGGGGCUGGUAAAGGUGUUAUCAGUGGCCAGCAUCUUCACCGGCCUGCAGGUGAUGGACGGCUCUGUGCAGCGGUGGCUGCUGAAGGUGAUGGGAGGAUUUGUGGCCUGGGAGGUUUUGUUCUUCCUCCUGCUGGAGCUCCAGGCGCUGUGGAUCAGGGCCCGGCUGGAUGUGGUCCUGGUGAGCCUGUUCUGUGGGGGAAACCUUCCAUUUCUGCUGGCCCUGUUGGUUGGAAUUGGGAGGUCAUAG